CCCACAGGUGUUCUACCUCUCUCUGCGUGUCAGUUGACAGGACCUCUAAUACCUCUCCAUCUGUCAUUCACCUUCAUUCUUGCCCCGUGCUUCACGGCUCCUGUCGUUAACGGCAACCUUUUCUCGUCCUCAUGGCGCUUUGAAAACCCUGCUGGUCAGAAAUAUCUUCGUCCCUUUCGUUUGACAACUCCCAAACCUUUAUUUGCCUCGAGCCGAAGUCGUGUCACCAGGCAGUUGGCAUUGGCUACAGCUUGAUUUCCAGAACCAGCAAACCACCUCACUGUCUAUCCAUCACCUACCCUUGCCAGUCCAAAAUGUCCACAGAAGUCGGUUCCAAUCCCGCAACCCUCUCGACGCCUUCACCCUCCUCCUCUCCAACCCUUGGUGCUUCUCCCGAUUCCGCAAGCUUAUCGUCUGCUCGGUCCAUCUCCGGCCUUUCUUCACUUUCCAGCGUUUCCUCAUAUGAGAAUAUUUCCACUGCCUACCGACAGAGCACAGGUCCACGUCGACGAGGUUAUGUUCGUCCUCAGGGAGGCUCCUUUGCCGACUCAGCACGAAAUCGAGAAAGUGUCAUGAGCCUCGGCAGUAUAGCUCACCUGCAGUACUAUUUUGCAAGGACAGGCCUCCUCGAUGGCAAAGGUGCCCAGAUGGCAAAGAAGAAGAGCAAUGGAGAAUAUGAAAUCCCUAGGGUCUCUUUGACCGCCAAUCGUGACCUCGUCGAGUCCCCCAUCGAGGAGGAAGUCCAGGCCAUGUGGGAAGCUGCCCAAGAGGAUGGCUCUGAUGUGAUGUUGCCUCCCAAUGUUUCCACAUACCGACAUCGCCCCAGCAAUGUGGCACCACCUCCAGACCAGAAAACGAUGAAGAGAGAGCUGGUAGAGGCACUCGAAAAUGCUCUCCAGGCAGUUGAGUCUUGUGACCAAAUCACCAAUCAUGACUCGGAAGAACAGACCCAGGGUUUCCAUGAAAUUCAAGGUCUGCAUAUUUUGGACACGACGACGUUGGCUAUCAGAGCCGCCCGGUUAUACUACACUUUACAUCCAAAUCCACAACGGUUGAACUCUAUACGCUCGGACCAAGAGCUACGGAAGGAUCUCCAUUCAGUCCUCGACAUUCUCAAGAAAUGUGCUGCGCGGAACUUCCAAGGGGGCAUGCGUGAAGAAGAACGAUUAGCCGUUCUUGUUUGGGUGAGUGAUGUUGGAAUGAUGAUUGACCGCGAAGCCAAGUUGGAGGAGGCCGACAAAAGCGAGAGGAAAGACUGGCAUUGGAUGAACGACAAGAAAUGGACCAGUCGGGAAAAUGAGAGGGAUAUCAAUCUUCUCCUUUUCCUGCUGCAUGGACAGUGUGAGAAUCCCUUGAGAUCACUUCAUGACGAAUAUCCGACCUUCUUCCGAGACCUCGCCGAUGGCAGAGACCUGAUCCGCAUGCACAACGAGGCUGUCAAGCGGUCGAAGCGCCAGUUCGACUACAUCAACACCUGCCACCAAGAUGUCGCCAAACCGUAUCGACGAGCAGACAAUCUGAGAUACUGGCUCAAGGGGGCCGAAUUGAGGUGGGAGCUGAAACUGAAGCUCGACGUCAUGGCAGUUGCCAAUGCAUCAGAUGCAGCUAUUUGGCCAACGUUUGAACAAGUUGUCCGGGAAUGGAGUCGAGGCGUGCGCGCCGAGUUGACUAGGGAUUGGAGCGGCGAAGAUGAGAGGAAACUACAUGCCCGAGCCAGGAGCCUUGCCAUGGCGAGUCCCUUGUCCAGCCCUUUACGGAAGGAUUCUCCAGCACCACCUCUUCCCAGCCCUUCCAAAAGGAUGAUGGUUCCCAGUCCACUAUCCAGUCCUUCUCGAAAGCCCGCCAGACGACAGGACUCAAAGGGGGGCUUGUCCAACAACCUUGAGCCUCCAGGUGAAGAAAGCACAGCAGCCACAUGACCAGAGCAAGUCAAGGUCGAUUCAUCUCCUUCAGCGGCUUUUCACCCGACCAAACACCAUUUUGCAUUAUUACCCGGAAGUGAAGGAAGAUCCGUGCGAUUUUUGCCGGCGCAUCAUGAUACCCACGCAUUAUAACCUGUUGAGUGAGGGCAAGCGAGUAUUAUUUAUUUGACAUUACUUUUAUUCGACGUCACAUGUGAUAGCUUGGAUGUUUUGAGUUGAGAUUGGGCGUGCGCUUGUCGCUUGUCGAGGGCUUGCGCGGUCAAGGAUCGUUGAGUCCAACAAAUAUUAAUAUAGCUGGAGCGUAGUUUUAGACCAUAAAGUCGAGCACUUUUUAAGGCCGCCUUUUUCCUUCUGGCCAACCUUGGAAGGUCCGGA